AUGAGGGAUCUCCCAGCCAGUCCCCGACAUGGGUCCCCAGCCCUCGCACCACGACGACUCUCCGAGGAACUCGGUGACUUCUCAUUCUCCAGCGAUGAGUAUGACGACGACGACGAGGAAGAGGGGGACGAGGAAGACAAGAGCUACGAUGGCAUUGAGACUCCCGCCUCAUCACGCAAGUCUUCACAGAGCCUGGAUGGCUAUUUCGACGAGGUCGACGCCUACAAGCAGCAGCAGCUCCAGGACACAACCUCCGAGUCAGAACGCAUUGAAAAGAAGAAUGAUAGCCGUCCGUCGACGGCGACUUACAGCAGCCGCCCUUCCACGGCGGUCUCAAUGCCGCCUUUCCGCCGCUCAUCAACCUGUCCCGUCCUCCCAGACGACUUCAUCUCCAGUGCAGCCGAUGAGGUCGUCAAGAUCAUGCCCGACCAGGCGGCGUUUAUGAAGCGCAUGGUGGAAGGGUGGAGGGAGAUUCAACGGCGGUCGUCAGUAAGCACAACCACGUCCCCCAUGUCGCCGGCGACCACAAUAUCGCUGGGCACGACAAAUUCGCCAAAGAGACCGCACACAGCACCGUCGCCCAUGUACGCGCCUCAGAUGUGUUUCGCGUCGUUCCCGCAGGCUGUCCCGGAACAAGAUGAGCCUGAUAGUCCCACAGAAUCGGUGGGGAGCUUUCCCAAUGUGGUGGAGCGGCUGGAUAAGGUCGAAGAAACGCUGGAGGAGCUGAGAGACUUGGCCAAGCAACAGGCCGGCGCCGCGAUUGCGUCGACCUCGGCGAGCGUGACCGAGCAGAAUGCAAAGUUCGCCGUUGUGAAUAAGUGCAUCGACACAAUCGGCAAGGUGUGCGAGAGGGAGCUGGAGGAGCAGCAGCAUGAUUCGCAGCUGGACAGGAGAUGCGUUGACGCGCUGAUCCAAAUCUGCGAAAUGUUUGCGCGCGAGAGCGCCGACCAGGAUCCCUAUCGAUUCGGUUCUAGCUUCAUGGCCGAGGAGAGCGAGGACGACGAUGUCGAGUACGAGGGCGAGGAUGAGGAAGAGGACGAAGCCGACAGUGAGAGUGACGGUGAUAGUGAGUAUGGGUCUGACGACGAUUAUGAGGCACAUCCCAUAGAUUCGGACCCGACCGAAUACGAAUCAGGAGAUUUUCUAGGAAAAUAUCCGACAAUCGAAACAGACAAGACUUUGCCUCCUCUGUCAAGAACACGGAGGUCAUCAACACCAACCCAGGUUGCACCCGCCGGGGCCAGAGUGGAGGCUCCCGAUACGCCCCGCCGGCGUGCUCGACUGGUCCGCGAGGCAAAAGCUGAGCUCGAUGCGCUCUUCUCCGAAUGGGCCGAACCGAAGAACUCGUAUGAAGAGCGUCAUUCCCGUAUCGUAUACGCCACGGAAGCGUAUCACCUGCGCCUCGUAGACAUGAAGUCAGCACACGAAUGCGAGUUCAAGUGGAAAAAGGAAUUGAUGAGUUACGAAGAGGAGAUGAAGGACAGAGGCAUUUUUGGUCCAAAUGUAUGGCCAAUCGUGGACUUGGCACUGCCCAUCGCUCAAGUCUUUCUGAGUGUGACGUUGCUGGUCGCGCACUUCUUCGGCCUCGACGCCUGGCUGAUGGGGAAGAAACCGUUCCUGAUGUUCCUGGCCGCCUGGCUGGCAAGCGUGACCGUAUUGGCACGCUGCACAGAGGUCAAGGCAAGAGAAACCCUGUACAAGACGUUGCUGCCUCCCGAGGCUAGGGAGAUGCGGAGCAGACACGAGCGCGACUUGGUGCUGCUCAAGGCGGCUCAUGACCGCGCUGUCCAGAGGGUCUACGCACCGGAGCAACAGUCACGGGCGGGAGACAGGAGUGGGUGA